AGCCUCGUCUCUUUCCCGCCCGGCGAAUUGCCUUCUCUCUCUCUCUCUCUUUCUAAUUAGUCUCAGCCGGAGUGAGAAACCCUAGAAACGCGACAAAGCCAUGGCGAAAUCCGGGGCUCGACCCAGCGCUUCCUUCAUCAAACAGCGUUCCGGGUCGGGUACGAUCCUAAGGAUUAAGCUCGAGAAUUUCAUGUGCCAUAGUAAUCUCCAGAUCGAGUUUGGCGAGUGGGUCAAUUUCAUCACCGGCCAAAACGGAAGUGGAAAGAGUGCGAUAUUGACUGCUCUAUGUGUUGCAUUCGGGUGUAGAGCGAAAGGGACUCAACGCGCUUCCACUUUGAAGGAUUUCAUUAAAACUGGAUGCAGCUAUGCGGUUGUCCAUGUUGAAAUUAAAAACCAAGGAGAAGAUGCUUUUAAGCCUGAAGUAUAUGGUGACGUUAUAAUUGUCGAACGUAGGAUAACCGAGUCUGCUAGCUCUACCAUUCUCAAGGAUCAUGAAGGGAAAAAAGUAAGUAGCCGAAAGGAUGAGCUACGGGAACUUGUUGAACAUUAUAACAUUGAUGUUGAGAAUCCUUGCGUAGUAAUGAGUCAAGACAAGAGCAGGGAGUUUCUGCAUUCUGGAAAUGACAAAGAUAAAUUUAAGUUCUUUUUUAAGGCAACCCUUCUUCAGCAAGUUAAUGAUCUUCUCCAAAGUAUCUACGAGCACUUGAAUUCUGCAACUGCCAUAGUCGAUGAAAUGGAGGAAACAAUCAAACCAAUAGAGAAGGAGAUCAAUGAGUUGCGUGGAAAGAUAAAGAACAUGGAACAAGUUGAAGAAAUAGCUCAAAAGUUACAGCAGUUGAAAAAGAAACUUGCUUGGUCUUGGGUGUAUGAUGUGGAUAGGCAGCUCCAGGAACAGACCGAUAAGAUUGUGAAGCUUAAAGAACGCAUACCUACUUGCCAAGCUAAAAUAGACUGGGAACUAGGUAAAGUGGAAUCGUUAAGGGAUCGCUUGACCAAGAAGAAAGCUAAAGUUGCAUGUCUGAUGGAUGAAUCAACUGCGAUGAAGAGAGAGAUAGAGACUUGUCACCAAUCGGCCAAGACGGCGGCACGAGAAAAGAUUGCUCUAGAAGAAGAAUUCAAUCAUAAGCGCAAUGGUGUUCAGAAGAUUAGGGAUCGUGUUAGAAGGCUUGAACGGCAGGUUGGAGAUAUCAAUGAACAGACAAUGAGAAACACUCAGGCUGAACAAUCUGAAACGGAGGAGAAACUGAGAUACUUGGAACAGGAGAUUGAGAAGGCUGAAACACUACUUUCCAGAUUGAAAGAGGAAGAGAAUUCCUUACUGGAAAAAGCGUCAGUUGGAAGGAGAGAGAUGGAACACAUCGAGGAUAUGAUUCGAGACCAUCAAAAGAGACAAAAUAAUAUAAACUCCAACAUUUAUGAUCUAAAGAAACAUCAAACAAACAAGGUUACUGCGUUUGGAGGGGACAGAGUCAUUUAUCUUCUGCAGGCUAUUGAGAGACAUCAUCGUAGAUUCAAAAAGCCUCCAAUUGGUCCUAUUGGCUCCCAUGUGACGUUGAUCAAUGGCAAUAAAUGGGCGCCUGCAGUUGAACAAGCUCUUGGAAACAUGUUAAAUGCAUUCAUUGUGACUGAUCAUAAAGAUUCUCUCACUUUAAGAAGCUGUGCUAAUGAAGCCAAUUAUAAAAACCUUAAGAUUAUUAUAUAUGACUUUUCGAGACCAAGGUUAAAUAUACCGAGGCACAUGAUUCCUCAGACAGAACAUCCAACAAUUCUCUCUGUUUUGCAUUCCGAUAAUCCAACCGUUCUUAAUGUCUUGGUGGAUGUGAGUAAUGUUGAGAGGCAAGUGCUUGCAGAGAACUAUGAGGUGGGAAAGGCAGUUGCUUUUGGGCAAAGGCUCUCAAAUCUGAAGGAUGUUUUCACUUUAGACGGAUACAGAAUGUUUUUUCGUGGGCCAGUUCAGACAACUCUUCCUCCUAUUCCUCGUAAACCUACGCGACUAUGUGCUUCUUUUGAUGACCAGAUCAAGGAUCUUGAAAUAGAGGCUUCUCGAGGAAAAAGCGAGAUAAAUCAAUGCAUGAGACGUAAGAGGGGAGCAGAGGAGAAUCUCGAAGAACUUGAGUCGAAAAUCCGCACACUGAAGAAGCACCGAAGCCAAGCAGAGAAAGUUUUGACGACAAAGGAAUUCGAGAUGCGAGAUUUGAAGAGCACAGUCGCUGCGGAGAAUGAAGCAUCAUCGUCUUCAAGUGUUAAUGAGCUUCAACUUGAAAUCAUGAAAGAACGAGAAGAGAUGGAGGAGAAAGAAGCUUUCCUUGAGAAGCUCCAGAUGUGCUUGAAAGAAGCUGAACUAAAAGCUAAUAAACUUAAUGCUUCAUUUGAGAACUUACGUGAGUCAGCCAAGGGUGAAAUUGAUGCCUUUGAGGAAGCAGAGAACGAGCUAAAGAAGAUUGAGAAAGAUCUUCAGUCUGCCGAAGCGGAGAAAAUCCAUUACGAGAAUAUAAUGAAAAACAAGGUCCUACCUGAUAUCAAUGAGGCUGAGGCUAAUUAUGAGGAGCUUAAAACUAAGCGAAAGGAAAGCGACCAGAAGGCCUCUGAAAUUUGUCCUGAGAGUGAGAUAUUGUCUUUGGGUCCCUGGGAUGGGAGUACUCCUGAGCAGCUCAGUGCUCAGAUUAACAGAAUGGAUCAGAGACUUCAUCGAGAGAACCAGCAGUUUUCUGAAUCAAUCGAUGAUCUUAGGAUGAUGUACGAGAAACUAGAACGAAAGAUUGCAAAGAAGCGCAAAUUGUACCAAGGCUAUCGAGAAAAACUCAUGGCCUGUAAAACUGCUCUGGAUUCGCGGUGGGGCAAGUUUCAAAGGAAUGCAUCUUUGCUUCGGCGCCAGCUAACGUGGCAAUUCAAUUCUCACUUGGGAAAGAAAGGUAUCAGUGGACACAUCAAAGUCAGUUAUGAAAAUAAAACUUUGUCCAUAGAGGUUAAGAUGCCGCAAGAUGCAACAAGUAAUGCCGUUCGAGACACCAAAGGUCUUUCAGGAGGAGAACGUUCUUUCUCAACUUUGUGCUUUGCAUUAGCUCUUCACGAGAUGACAGAAGCCCCAUUUCGAGCAAUGGAUGAGUUUGAUGUGUUUAUGGAUGCUGUAAGCCGGAAAAUCAGUUUGGACGCUCUGGUGGAUUUUGCAAUUGCACAUGGAGCGCAGUGGAUGUUCAUCACUCCUCAUGAUAUCAGCAUGGUGAAGUCGCAUGAGAGGAUAAAGAAGCAGCAAAUGGCCGCUCCUCGUUCUUGAAAUUGAAAUAACCUUCUCCUUUCUAUGUAAAAUAUUAGUUUAUAAAGGUGUACACACUUUGCUUGCAGAUUUCCAAGUAUUAUUAGUUCAUAAUUUAUCAUCAAUCUGCUUUUUUAACAAAGUUAAUUUUUUUCGUUUUAUAUUAUCGCAUCUCAUGCAAGUUUCUAGUU